UUCCCUUUUCCUUUGCCUUCCAUCUCACGAGGAGUUAACAAUCCCUAUCGAGAGACAGAGAGAGAAAAGAGAUGUCGCAAUUCCAGCUGACUCUGGCCACCCGGGCCAACCAGGCUGCUCUGCUGCCUGUUCUUUUGGUCGCCACUUCUCUCAACCAGGAGCAGGAGCUGAUCGCGAUCAACUACGAGGAAACUGCUCUUCUGAGCCGUGGGGACCAGGCAAUUGUCGAACUCACCGGUGCCAACGGUUCGCCCGUCUAUGGCUCGGAGAAUGCAAUCAAGGAGCUGCGUGCUGCUUUCCCGUUCCUGAACGCCAAGGAUGAGAAGCUGGAGGUCGAAUGGCUCUCUCAGCUCGAAUCGUUCACCGCUCUCGACUUCAAGACCAUCGAGCCCCAGCUUCAGCGCCUGAACAACCACCUUCUCCUCCGGUCUUUCAUCGCUGGCUACUCCCUCUCGACUCCCGACCUUGCCAUCUGGGGUGCUCUUCGGGGAAAUAGGGUUGCCAUCCCCGCGGUGCGCAAGGGUGCUCUGAUCAGCUUGACCCGUUGGUUCAACUUCAUCAAUGAGCUCUGCCCCUGGGCCGCCACUGCUCUUGAGACCCUCAACGCCGUCGCCAAGGAGAAGAAGACCGCGAAGGCUAAGGAGGGCGCCAGCUACGACAUCAACCUUCUCAACACCGACAAGGGGGUGGUGACUCGUUUCCCCCCUGAGCCUUCUGGCUACCUUCACAUCGGACACGCCAAGGCUGCCCUUUUGAACGACUACUUCGCCCACGAGAAGUAUAACGGAACUUUACUGGUUCGUUUCGAUGACACCAACCCCUCGAACGAGAAGCAGGAAUUCCAGGAUGCUAUCAUCGAGGAUCUUGCCCUCAUGGGAAUCAAGCCGGAUCGAAUGAGCUACACCAGUGAUUACUUUGACCAGCUCUAUGACUACGCUAUUCGCAUCAUCAAGGAGGGAAACGCAUACGCCGACGAUACAGACAAGGAGACCAUGGCCGAACAGAGAAUGGUCGGCGAGCCAAGCAAGCGCCGCGAUGCCUCUGUCGAGGAGAGUCUUGCUCGCUUCGAGGAGAUGAAACAGGGAACUCCGGAGGGACUGCGGUGGUGCAUUCGUGCAAAGAUCUCUUAUGACGCUCCCAACAAGACACUUCGCGACCCCGUUAUCUACAGAUGCAACGUUGCGGAGCACCACCGUACUGGUGCCAAGUGGAAGAUUUACCCAACCUACGAUUUCGCUUGUCCACUCGUGGAUAGUUGGGAGGGAGUCACUCACGCCCUGAGAACCAUUGAAUACCGUGACCGGAACGCUCAGUACCAGUGGUUCUUGGACACUCUCAAGCUCCGCGAUGUCCAAGUCUGGGACUUUGCCCGCAUGAACUUCGUGCGGACUCUCCUGUCCAAGAGAAAGCUCACCAAGCUGGUCGACUCUGGAGUUGUCUGGGGCUGGGACGACCCCAGAUUCCCUACUAUCCGGGGUAUCCGACGCCGUGGUAUGACGAUUCCGGCCUUGAGAGAGUUCAUCUUGAAGCAGGGCCCCAGCAAGAACAUCGUCAACCUCGACUGGACCCUCUUCUGGGCCACCAACAAGAAGUACAUCGACCCUGUUGCCCCCCGCCACACCGCUCUCCUCAAGAACCAGCUGGUCAAGGCCGUGCUGAAGGGCGCCCCGGCCGCCUACACCGAGGAGAAGCCCAAGCACGCCAAGAACCCGGCCGUCGGCACGAAGAAGGUGACUUUCAGCGGCUCCAUCCUGUUCGACCAGGAGGAUGCCAAGACCUUCAAGCAGGACGAGGAGAUCACCCUGAUGGCGUGGGGUAACGCCAUCGUCCGCAAGAUCGAGACCGACGCCGCCACCGGCGCCGUCACGGCCCUCGAGCUCGACCUCCACCUCGAGGGCGACUUCAAGAAGACCGAGAAGAAGGUGACCUGGCUCUCGGCCGACCAGGACCUCGUCCCCGUCGAGCUGGUCGACUUCGACUUCCUGCUCAACAAGGACUCCAUGACCGAGGAGGACACCCUCGAGGCCGUCCUGAACCCCAAGACCGAGUUCCGCGACGAGGCCGUCGCCGACGCCAACGUCGCCGACCUCAAGGAGGGCGACAUCAUCCAGUUCGAGCGCAAGGGCUACUACCGUCUCGACCGCCCCUACGCCCCCGGUCAGCCCGCCGUCCUGUUCAACAUCCCCACCGGUAAGGCCGAGAGAAAGGCCUAGAUCCGGCAUUUUCUGCUCGUAGAUCAUGAAGAUACGAAAGAGUUGAUUCGUUUCGCAUAUAUUAUGCCUAUAUGAAAAGCAAGGGACUGUCUCG